AUGGCCGACCAUGAGCACCAGCUAUACGAGCUCACUGCAGCUUCGUCUGCCUCUGCAACGGAACACGACACGAUGCCGCCGGAUGAGCUGGAGGAGUCAUACGCUGUGGAUGCGCGGUUGCAUAAGAGGACGUUGAGGAAACUGGACUGUUUGCUACUGCCAUUUCUGGCGUUGCUGUUCCUGUUUAAUGCGCUGGAUAAGUCGAAUAUUGGAAAUGCAGAGUCUGCGCAUUUCACGGCGGACAUCGGGCUGGACAAGGGCGCGCUGAAUACGGCUGUUGCGCUGUUCUUCGCUUUCUUCGUUGCGCUGCAACCACUGGGCGCGGCGCUGGGGAGGAGGUAUGGCAUGGUGCUUUGGGUGCCCAGUUCUGGCUUCUAUCCAGUCACUGUUACCUACCUCUCCCUCUUCUACACGCGCUUCGAAUUCGGCAGACGGCUCUCCUUCUUCUACGGCCAGGCGGCAGUCGGUGGUGCGCUUGGGGGCCUUAUAAGCUACCUAGUGUUCUCCCACUUCGGAAACGGCGAUGGAGGUUCGGACAAAGAUUGGAGACCAUGGCAGGUGCUGUUUCUGCUGGAAGGCACUCUCACUAUCGUGGUGGCCUUCAUCGGUUAUUUCUGGCUGCCACAUAGUGUGGAGACAGCAUGGUUCCUCACACCUGAAGAGCGUCGAUAUGCGUCUUCGCGUGUAGUGAGAGACAGAGACAUACAGAACGCGCCGGCAGCGGUCCAAGAAGACGAUCGAGAAGCGGAAGAAACCUACGAUGAGGAGUCGCGCGGUCUUCUCGACUCGUCCAAGCACUCCAUCUCCUCAGCCACGCCAUCGCGACAGCUGGUCGACGAUCGUGGUUUAAGCCCUCACGACGUCCUUUCAUCAGUGUUCAACACGAAGAUAUGGCAUAUCCUCGCCUGUAACGUUCUAUCUGCCAUCCCAGUCUACGCCUUCUCUGUCUUCCUCCCGCUUGUACUGGCACCUUUGACAAAGAAGGCGAAUCCUGCGCUCAUCAACUUGCUUACUGCACCGCCACAUAUCUGCGGAGCCAUAGUACUGUACUUCGCAGCUAGCUACAGCGACAAACAUCGCAUACGCCUCAAGCCUAUACUGCUUGGUCUGUUCAUUAUGGUAGCCGGAUUGGUAAUCGUGGUGCUGUUGCCAAGCUCAUGGGCAAUACCUCGCUACAUCGCUCUCAACAUUCUCCUCUCCGGUACCUACGUCGCAUCUCCCCUCACUGUGGCCUGGAUAUCGGGCAACACGCCGUCGCCCGGCAAGCGCGCAUUGCUGCUUGGUAUCAAUGGCUGGGGCAACCUCGCUGGAGUCAUCUCAGCGAUCCUGUUCCGACCAAAGUAUGCCGCGGGUGGCUACAUCGUUCCGUUCUGGUGGACACUUGCGUCUGUCGCGUUAGCAGCUCUCGGCUAUGUGCUGUUCCUGAGACGCUUGAAGGCUGAGAACGAGACGCGGCAGAACAUCUUGCGCAAGUGGAGCGAAGAUGACGUCGAGGCCGAAAGGCUGCAUGGCAGAGGCCCGGUGCCGCAGCAACAGCGAUGGCUCAGGCAAGCCAUCAAUGUGACGCGGUCGCAUACCAAGCUUGCGUGGCUCGCGGAUUGGCUUGAGAAGGCUGCGCGAGCUGGUAGGGAGGGCGACGAUAGGCUCACAUUCGUCUACGGGUUGUGA